AUGGCGAACAGCGUAAUGGCGACAACGCAAGCUCUUCUCUGCAACAAUUGCUACCCCAAUUCCUUUUCUCCAGCUACAAAACCCUAUAAUUCCAAAUUAUCAGUCUCUCGCCAUUACCGAUUGUACAAAAAUGAUGAAAACUGUAAAGCGUGGUCCAUUACUAAACCGCUUUUUUCAGAUCAGAAGAUUGGAUCAAAAUUGAUGAACCUCGUCGUUUGCUACGCAGCUCGCCGUAAACCAACCAUUUCAAACGCCACCAUCUCCUCCGAUGAGGGCAAUGAUUAUAAACUAGGAAAAGUGCUUCAAAUAAUAUUAUGGGUACUUGAAGGUGUUUACAUUUUGUGGCUCUUUCUACUACCUUAUGCCCCUGGAGAUCCUGUGUGGGCUAUCAGUAAGGAGACUGUAAAUUCUCUAAUUGGCCUUUCUCUCAAUUUCUUCUUCAUCUUGCCGUUGAUGAAUUCCGUUGGCAUACAUCUUAUUGAUGCCCCAGUGCUUCACCCGGUCUCAGAAGGAUUAUUCAACUUCGUUAUUGGAUGGACCUUCAUGUUUGCUCCUUUGCUGUUCACAGAUUACAAGAGAAAUAGAUACCAAGGGUCAUUAGAUGUUCUGUGGGGCCUGCAGAUGUUCCUCACAAACACAUUUUUAAUACCUUACAUGGCUAUCCGGCUGAAUGAGGCUGAUGCCGAGUCAACUCCGAGAAAACACUCUCAACUAGGCACAGUGAUGACAAAUGGUGCACCAAUAGUGGGGCUGAUCGGUGGUUUUGCAUGUCUUGUUUCCGCAUUAUGGGCAUUUUAUGGCAGAAUGGAUGGUAAUUUUGGAAGCAUGGCAGACAGAUGGGAGUUCUUGUUUAGUUAUCUAGGAUCAGAGAGGCUGGCUUAUGCCUUCAUUUGGGAUAUAUGUCUUUACAUAAUCUUCCAGCCUUGGUUGAUAGGUGAAAAUUUACAAAACAUUCAAGAAAGCAAGGUUGAUGUGGUGAAUUUUCUUAGAUUUAUUCCCGUAGUUGGUUUGGUGGCCUAUCUUCUCUGUUUGAAGCUUGAUGAGGAACUAUAGCUGUAUGCAUUUCUGUAAACAUAUUCAAAUACAGCAAGUUAAGGCUUCGAACCAUUUUAUACAUUAUCUCCACAAAAAUGAAAAUUUUGUAUCAGUGUCUUUACUAGGAAGUAAAUUGGAUUUUGCA